AAGAACACAUACAUUAACAAUGUGGUCUGUGUUUCAGUACUACUCGGCGGCGGCGAUCUUGGUGGCAUUGACGACGGCGUUUGGGGGAUCCAAUGCGCAGCUCAGCGCCACUUUUUACGACGGGACGUGCCCUAACGCGACGACUGUUGUGCGCGACGUCGUGCAGCGGGCGCAGCGGAGCGACGUCCGUAUAGGCGCCAAACUCAUCCGCCUUCACUUCCACGACUGCUUUGUCAACGGUUGUGACGGGUCGCUUUUGCUAGACGAUGGAAACGGCAUAGAGAGCGAGAAAGGUGCAGUUCCAAAUCAAGCAACAGAUGGAUUUGAUGUGGUUGACGACAUCAAAUCAGCAUUAGAGAGUGUUUGUCCCGGCAUCGUCUCUUGUGCUGAUAUUCUAGCCAUUGCUUCUCAAGUUUCAGUCUCUUUGGCUCGAGGUCCAUCAUGGGAAGUUCAACUAGGUAGAAGAGACAGCAGAACCGCGAACCGAGCAGGAGCCGACAAUGACAUUCCCGGUCCUUUCGAAAGCCUCAGCAGUGUCGUUGCCAAGUUUUCUGCCGUUGGACUCGAUUCCACCGACCUAGUUGCUUUAUCUGGUGCUCAUACAUUUGGGAGGGCUCGGUGCGUGGCCUUUAGCCGCAGGCUCUACAACUUCAACAACAGCACGAACCCUGACCCCUCGCUGGACCCCACCUACUUGCAGACACUCCGCCAGACGUGCCCCCAAGGCGGCGAUGGCAGCGCCCUCGCCAAUCUUGAUCCUUCCACUCCGAACACCUUCGACAACAACUACUUUACCAACCUCCAGAACAACCGCGGCCUCCUCCAGACUGAUCAGGAGCUCUUCUCCGCCGGCACCGCCGCCACCACUGCCGCCGUCAACCGGUUCGCGGCCAGCGAGAGCGAGUUCUUCGACAGCUUCGGUCGGUCCAUGAUAAAUAUGGGGAACAUAAGUCCCUUGACGGGGAACAAUGGAGAGAUUAGGUCUGAUUGCAAAAGGGUUAAUUAGAAAAAUAUUAAUUAAUUAAUUCACA